AGCCGCGGCGCCUCGUGCCGGGGAGCCAUCGCUGCAGCCCGAGGCCGGAUCGCGGGUCGGGGGCUGCAGGGGGAGCGACGGCGGCGGCGACAGCCGAGCCCCACCGGGGGCCUGGGACUGGGGAACUGCCUCCAGCUUCACGAUGCCAGUAUGGACAGAAUAGCUUAUGAUGCUUAUCCCCGCCCACCACUUCCGAGACAUUGAGCGGAAGCCAGAAUACCUCCAGCCAGAGAAGUGCGUCCCACCUCCCCACCCCAGUCCUGUGGGAACCAUGUGGUUUAUCCGUGAUGGCUGUGGCAUCGCCUGUGCCGUUGUCACCUGGUUUCUGGUCCUCUAUGCGGAGUUUGUGGUCCUCUUUGUCAUGCUGAUUCCAUCCCGAGACUACGUGUACAGCAUCAUCAAUGGAAUUAUGUUCAACCUGCUGGCCUUCUUGGCCCUGGCUUCCCACUGCCGGGCCAUGUUGACGGACCCCGGGGCGGUGCCCAAAGGAAAUGCCACUAAAGAAUUCAUCGAGAGUUUACAGCUGAAGCCUGGGCAGGUGGUGUACAAGUGUCCCAAAUGCUGCAGCAUCAAGCCUGACCGAGCCCACCACUGCAGUGUUUGUAAGCGGUGCAUUCGGAAGAUGGACCACCACUGUCCCUGGGUCAAUAACUGUGUUGGCGAGAACAACCAGAAGUACUUCGUCCUGUUUACAAUGUACAUAGCUCUCAUUUCCUUGCACGCCCUCAUCAUGGUGGGAUUCCACUUCCUGCAUUGCUUUGAAGAAGACUGGACAAAGUGCAGCUCCUUCUCGCCACCCACCACAGUGAUCCUCCUCAUCCUCCUGUGCUUCGAGGGGCUGCUCUUCCUCAUUUUCACAUCAGUCAUGUUUGGGACCCAGGUACACUCCAUCUGCACGGAUGAGACGGGUUGGGCCUGGGAGAGAGACCCAUUUUCUUCUGCCCACCCAGCAGAAGGCAAAGUCAAGCCAGAGGAAAUCACUGGAAGCUUCCACACACGCCCUGGGACAUCGCUUUGAGGAGCUCUUCACCAUGCCUCGGAUGUUUAACCAAGGAACCCUGUGACCUUUCCUAAGUCAAUUAACUUCGACCUGCCUCUGCUGUGCUAUUUACGCCAUGGUCAAGGCUGUGAUAUGGGUUUUUUUUUUAGUGCUGCUUUUAAAUCUCCUUUAUAGCAUUUGUUUCCCAUGUGCUUUCAGAAGAGAGAGUAGGACUCAGGGAAUAUUUUUAAGUAUUUGGAUGCCUCAAAAUACCCCAUCUUCAAGGGCAUUUUUUAAAGUGACCCAAGUUGGUUCUUCCUCCCAUGGAAUUUCUAAGGAAUACAGUAGAUAGUGCUGAAGAUGUAUUGAAUUUUUUUCAAAUCCUAAAAAUAGAAACUCAUCAUUUAUACCUAAGCAUACCACGUAUAUCUUUCCCAGAGGGAAAGUCUCCUUCCGACAUCCUGUAUGAUUUUGUCUGGGUUUUUAUGAGCCCUUUGGCUGAAAGAACGAAUUUUCCCCAGUUCUCAAGCCAGAUUGAAAUGCUAUACUCAGAACAUAGGAAUAGCUCAAAAUUCUCUGUGUUCUUCCUAUUUCAUCUUGUUGAGAUGGAGAACGUUUUGCCAGGAGCACAAUGACUAAGGAGUGUGGCUGUCUUCUGCAGCAUAGUGACAGGAAGAAACAGGCAUCCCUGAGCCCUCCUCAGUAUUCCCAGACGUCUGAUGAAGGAGGACACCUCUACACAAAGGCAGCCCUAGCCUUUUGCUUCGGCACAGGAAUCCUGACAGCACUGAAUGGUGUGUGCAUGGGAAAAUGAGACAGUAGUAGCCACAGUCUUUCAGAAUGUGGGCUCUUGAGGAGUUGAAAGGAAAAAUAAAGAGGAAGGUGACUUGCCCAGUUGGAUUAGGUGACUCCUUCCUGCCUGUCAACUUCCUGUUUGUGUUCGUAGCAACCAGACUGACCAUGCAAAAGGCUUAGGAGCAAACAAAUCUAUGCAUAUUUGCAUGGGCUUGGUGACGUCAUGCACAAAGUGGAUUCGGGUAGAAAUGUAUGUGCUACGUCUCCUUUUAAUCAUACCAUUUCAUCUUUGUAAUACUUUUUCCUUGGAAGAACCCAAAGUGAGACAUGUUGAGUUACCAACUUUUAAAAUCCAACUUCCUGGGGGCUUCCCUGGCGCAGUGGUUGAGAAUCUGCCUGCCAAUGCAGGGGACAUGGGUUCGAGCCCUGGUCUGGGAAGAUCCCACAUGCCGCAGAGCAACUAGGCCCAUGAGCCACAACUACUGAACCUGCGCGUCUGGAGCCUGUGCUCCACAAGAGAGGCCGCGACAGUGAGAUGCCCACACACCGCGAUGAAGAGUGGCCCCCGCUCGCCACAACUAGAGAAAGCCCUCACACAGAAAUGAAGACCCAACACAGCCAUAAAUAAAUAAAUAGAUAGAUAAAUAAAUAAAUAAUCCACCUUCCUGAUGAGGUAGGUUAAACAAUGUUUAUUAAACACUUAACGUGAGGUUGGCAUCACACAGAGACCCCAGACUUUGAGAGGCUGGGCUGGGCUCUCCCAACUAGGCCAAUGGGUUUUACGUUUUUCUCACUUGAAAACUUGUAGUGCAUAAGCCUCCAGGGUGAGCCAGCCAGUAGAAGUGAGGGGUUCCAACCUUAAAGGGGACCUUAGUUGUCAAAGAUACGUGAAGAGAAGAAGAUUUUACUGGAUUCCCUCUUGCGAAUCUUCUUGCUGAGGAUGUACUGAGGCAGUGCACCUCAAAGUGUGGUCCACAGACCAGCAACAUCCUCAUCACCUGGGGACUUAUUAGAGAUGCAGAUUCUCAGGCUCCAUUCCAGACCUGCUGAAUCAGAAACUCUGAGGGGGUGGGGCAGCAGCGAUCUGGAUUUUCACAGCCCUCCCGUUGAUGGUGACGCAUGUUCAAGUCUGAGGAUCCACUUGGGGCUUGCAGGGGUUGCCCAAAGUCCUGCUGAUUAAGCGAUCCUGUGUGCUGCGGGGCUCAGUGUGGUGCUGGGUGGGCUGUGCCCACUGUGAGCCCCUCUUCCCUCAUAACCAGCGGCCUCCCCAGCCAAUGAAUGCUGAGAAAACAAGGAAAGUAUUUGUUAGAAGGAGAGCCAAACUGUUAGUCUGUCCAGCAAUCUUUCUCCACAUCUUAUCUGGCCAGCUGGUUUCUGGAAGAACCAUCCCAAAAGGAGACAGAGUGAAGCCAGGGUCCUCCCAGUGGGAGCGGUGGCCAGUGAGUGAUUAGAGCCUGGCGCGGCCACGCACAUGAACGUCCUGGCCUUUGGUUUCCAUCUGUGGACCUCAACACCCAUGUGGCUUUUUCUUGUAUCUUUUAAAUACAUAUCUGCCUGAGAAUCACCUAACAAAGGAUAAAGGAUUCACAGUGAAACAAAAACAAGCCACUGACGAGUCUACUCUCCCAAACCAAAGACUUCAUUCCCCCACCCCGCUUUCUCAAGAAAAAAUCGUUAAUGACUUGAGCCUCGUGAUUACCCUAGCAAAACUGAGUGAGUCCCAGGGAUCCCUCAUCUGCGCACACGGGAGCUGAUGACGCCGAUCCAAGGAAUUAUGAAAAGCGUUGCAGAAUAGUGUUUGUAAAAACCUUCGGGGGGAAGACAACGUGCUCUGACAUGGACAUAAAGGAUGCCCUGAAUUUCUGCAGCUGAGGUCAUGGGGUGAUGGGGCCUUGGGCCCUGGCCUUGGUCUUUGGUUCAAAUCCCUGCUCAGCUACUUCCUUCCUGUGUGACCUUAGGCAGUAAUUUACUUAAGCCUCAAUUUUUUUGUCUGUAAAAUCAGGGAGAUAAUCUAAAUCACAAAAUUGCUGUGAGGAUUCAAAGAGAGAAAUGAAUGUAAAUGUUAGGAUGGUGUCUGGCACAUUGUAUGGCUUUAGGGAAUGUUAGCUCUGUUGAAGCUGUACUUUCAGACCAUGUACACAACUGUUCAUGAUGUGUGAGAUCAGUGUAUUGGUUUGCAACAGAAUUUUUUUAAAGAAAUAAAAAAUAAUGCAUUACACCUUGUAAAAUACAUAUUGUUUCAUGAAACUUCCGGGGGGAGUGGGGCGGGUGUGCACGCGCGCGCUCAUAUGCAACAGAAGUGUAUUUCCUAUUGUGGGCUGCACUAAAAAGAUGUGAAACCACUGAUGAGAGAGUUGUCUGGCCAUCUCUGAGGAGGACACAUUUGCAUAAGCUGCAGCACCUCCGACUUUCUAUGUCUGAGAUGCAGGGAGCAGGGGGACCUCCUGCUCUUGCUCCGUGGGCCUUAGCUGAGUCCUUACAGAGCAUGUGCCUGGGUCUCUACCUGCUGGGGAGCCGUAGUCCUGGUACAUUCAUUUUGGGGCAUUCGUGAGUUUGUUUAUAGAUCACAGCUCAUGUGUCACCCAGGGAGACCAGGCCCAAAAGGCCCAAGUCACACAUUCCCUGCAAGAGGUGCUGGUUUAGGCUGUUGCCCCCUUACCAGGGAUCAACCAUUCUUGUCUGCAUGAGCCUAAAGUGGGUAUCACUGCUGCCUCCGCAAACCUCCAGCUUAAGAACUCUGCCUUCAGGACGCCUCUAUAUCCACACAGAACUCAAAAUUGUGUCCUACCAGGAAAAAGAAACCCCACUGGCUCCUCCUGAACCUGAGGGUCCAGACCCUCAGCCUUUCUUAUGCAUCAGAUUCGUUUGGAAUAUUUUCUCCUCUUCAGACCCAGAGCUGACACUCCUGGAUGUUUACUUAACUGCUGAGGAGGUUCAUCUGGUGGGCAGGCCAGGCUCCAUCUGGAACAUUUUUACGAGCUUGCUGAGGAGGUUGAGUAGAGACCAAGAGUGCUCUUCUGGGAACACGCCACCACAGGGGAAAAUCAUCAUCCUGUGGGCUCUCUUUUUUUUUUUAAUUAAAAAAAUUUUUUUGAUUGAAGUAUGGUUGAUGUACAAUAUUAUACGUUACAAUAUAUGAUUGAAAAAUUUUAAA